AUGGCGCGCUUGAUAUCUGGCCAGGCCAGACUGCUGCCCGAGAACACAGGAGAAGAGGACGCUCCUGAAGCACGUGUCGUCCUAGAGCUGACGGAGCUCUGCCCAGAUCUUCAAUACGCCUUCCAGGUGUUGGCUCGCUACCCCACCGUGGGGCCUCGCACCUUUCACAAGAUCUACGAGGUGGGAAAGAUCUCGAGGAAGACAGUGGAGGCUGAAUUUGACUCUUUACCUGUCCCGAGCCAGGUGCCAUGCUCAGAGGAAAACCAGGAGAAGAUGCAGCGCUGGCUGCAAGACGAGAGCCGCCUUGUACUACUGUCUUGGCCGGGCCUUGUUCCCGAAGCUGGCAACCCGCGGCAAGCCAGCCUGGCUCGGAAGGAUGGCUGGGACUCUGUGAAUAAGCCUUACGAGGUCCAGGCAGCACCGCUGUCCAAGGGAGACUGGUUCCCCUGCCCCGUGGUCACAGCCCCGUUCUCCCUGGACGGCCAGGUCUGCGUGGCCGUGCGCUCCCUGCCCUUUGCAGCUGGCAGGUUCCGGCUCUUUGAUCCGCGGAGCCUGGAAGCAGGACCCGCCACGAGGCCGUUGGUAGCUUGCUACGAGCGCCUGGAGCCUUGCCGGGGGGAAAUGGUGGCCCUUGGCGCGAUCCCAAAGACUUUGGGCAUCCGUCUCCGUAUCCCGCUGAGCGACCGUUCUACCUCCAGGCUGGCAGCUCUCUUGCAGCUCCGUUUCCGGCGGAUCGGACACGAAGCUUCCUCCUGGGAGGAACUCCCCGCAGAAGGGCUUCGAGAUUCUUCGGAGGAAGUGCUUCUGGUGGUCCGGGAGGAGGAUGGGCUGGAGCUGGGCUUCGUCUACGAGUUUCAAGUGCGCGUGGGGGACGACUGCCGCAUGGGGACCUGGUCGCAGGCUUCCCAUCCCGUCCGUUUUGCCUUGACCCCACCGGUGCCAUCUGAAGGCGGAGGUCUGCGGGUGGUGGAGCAGGGCGACACGGCGGAGCUCAGCUGGGCACCUUUCCGGCCCGAUGCGGAUCUCCAGGCCCAGCUCCCCGGCUUCCGUCGGCUCCCGAUCGAGUACACGCUGUCCGUCUCCGGCGGCGAGCCCGCGUCUCCUGUGGCUGUCCUCUGCACCACGGAGACCUCAGCCACAGUGCGCGGGCUUCGACCUCUCUGCGCAUACUCCGCGCACCUCAGCGCGCGCUGGUCCCGGUUCGGCCUUCCCGAGGAAGGUCACGGUGCUCUGAUGGCCGCCUUCACCACCUCAGGGCUCGGCGGCAGCAAGCUGACUGCGGAGCUCUCGGUGCGGGGAAGCGGGUCCACAACGGUGGCAAGGAUCCCGCUGGAAGGCCUUCAGCCAGCUGCUGUCACCCUGGACCUUGACCCGUACUAUUUGCAGCCUCGCUUGGGCCACUGCAAGCCAGACUUUGUGCGCAAGCCCUCCUUGCCGAGCUCCAGAUCCGCGCAGCGCACGGAGGAGGCGCAAACAUCAGAUUCAGCAGCCCCACACGGCGACCCACACAAGCACUCCCUGCCUUCACUUGUACCCAUGCCGCCGCCAAAGUUCACAACCCGGGACCCGUUGUCUUUUGCGUUACGUGCGGGGCCCAGCAGCAGGGGCAUUUCAAAUGCAUUAACUGCGCAUGGCUGCUCUGAGUCCAUCCGGCGACUUCCCGGUCGCGGCCUCCUCGCUCUGCACGUUGACUUGCCGAAGACCGGUGAGGAUCGGAGAGACGUGGCCGCUGAAGGCGCCAGUCAAAAGAGAUUUCGCAAUGUUCUGUGCCGGUACAGUGGCUGUAUCCUUUGCAUCCUUUGCCACACUUCCAUGCUUGGUGCAGCCUUGAAGCCUCAUCUUGCAAGCCUUGCAAGCUUCCAGCAUCUUCUCGCCAUGGGGAAUUCCGCGACAUGCUGUGCAUCUAGCACUGCUCAGCACUUGGAAGCCUUAAGGUGCUGGACUUGUCAAAUUGCCAGCGCGCCUGCCAAGUCCAACGAGAAGCCGGAGGUGACGGUGGCGACCACCACAGCUUCACCACCCCCCGAGGACUUUGUCAGUACUGAAUGUGUACGGACUGUACUGGUUGAGAGUCCGGCAGCCUUAGCGCAGGAACCCGAAAAGGCCGAGAAAGGCCCCAUCAAAGCAGAGACGGCUGAGCCGAAGACACGGGUGCUUCGCUUCGUGCUCCCGGACGGUGGAACUCAAGAUAUCGAGUUCGAGAACAAGCCUCUGGGGAUCGACUUCAGCCGGAGCCUGCCCUUGACAUGCAAGCGCCUGAAGCCGGGGAUGCAAGGUGAGAAGAAGGAGGUGAAGAUCGGCUGGUGCGUGACGCACAUCAAUGAUGCACCUGUCCCUGCAGCCUGCUUGCACUUGCUUGCACGUUUAGGCCGCCCCGCACACUUCAACACAGGAUCACGUGGCCCAACACGAAAGGCCUCGUAA